AUGAUCUUCUUCAACCGGCUUUUCUCCUCUGUUCUUCUCGCCAUUCUGUAUGCCUCCUACAACAAUGCCGCUGCUCGUCCUUCAGAUGCAAUAUACAGCACUCACCAUACGAGGGACCUCGGAAAUGGCGUCAAGCUUCAGAUUUUCCAUCCUCCCUCCAACUAUAACACUUACGGGGAGGGCCUUGACGUUCCUUCAUCAUUCUUCGAUGCUCCGAUUGAAGAGAAGACUGUUUCCUUUGUCUCGUCGAAGCUCAAUGUGGACUCGGGGAAAGUUUCAUUCAAGUCCGGGUACACCAGCGACAACGGCGAAUCGUUUGGCUACGCUCAACAAGUUCAUGACGGUGUUCCCAUUGCGAAUGCUGUGGCCAACGUUGCAUUCAAAAACAACAAAGUUGUCGCUUUUGGUCAAUCAUUCAUUGAUACCUCUAAAGCUGCGGAUUCCAAACCAUCGGUUGAUGUUUCCACCGUCAUUCCAAAGGUGGAACAGACUUUGCAAGGCAAAAAGAACGACAUCGAGCCGACUGUCAAGUAUCUCGCUCAGCAAGAUGGCUCUCUUGCUCUCGUGCAUGCAUUCCAAGUCGAGAACGACGAAGCUGGGACCUUCUAUGAAGCUUUUGCCGAUGCACACACUGGAGAAUUACUCUCUGUUACCGACUUUGUCGCCAAAGCCUCUUACCGUGUUGUCCCAAUCUUUAAACAAGACAUUACAGAGGGUCUCGAAUUACUCACAAACCCCGCGCUCACCUCCGCAUCACCCCAAGGAUGGCAUUUUUUGAAAGGCGUAAAUACCACUGAUACUUCCGGUAAUAACGUCGUCACCUACAAGGGUGCGACGACGGCUACUACCAAACAAUCAACUAGUGGUCUUGUCUUCGACUACACAUACAACCCUAGCGUUGGCCCGACUGCAGGAGCCAACCUCGAUGCUGCGCGCACGAACGCUUUCUACUUAAUCAAUGCCUACCACGAUACGUUGUACCAGUAUGGUUUCACGGAAAGCAAGUUCAACUUCCAGUUCGACAACCUCGGGAAGGGCGGUGUCGGGAAUGACCCAGUUUACGUCAGUGUUCAAGACGCUUCUGGAGUCAACAACGCCUUCUUUGCUACUCCUCCCGAGGGUCAACCUGGACGGUGCAGGAUGUACAUUUUCACACUUACGAAUCCGAACCGGGAUGGUACCCUAUCAAACGAUAUCGUAAUUCAUGAAAUGACCCAUGGCCUCAGCAACCGACUGGUCGGUGGUGGUAGAGCCGCUUGCCUACAGACAUUCGAGUCCCAAGGUUUGGGUGAAGGGUGGUCCGACGCUGUUGCCGACUGGUUUGUCCACUCUGAUUCUCCUCAGAUUACCGACUUUGCGUUUGUUCCUUGGCUAUUUAACAGCCCUCGGGGUGGUCGAUCAAGGCCCUAUUCAACUUCCACAACGACCAACCCUUAUACAUAUUCCACUCUUCGUGGGCUGAAUGAAGUACAUGAUAUCGGAGAGGUCUGGGCAAACAUCCUCCAUAACGUGUACGCUCAACUCGUAAGCGCACGCGGGUUCUCCACCACGGCUCGAACGAGUGCGAGUGGAACCCAAGGAAACAUUGUCUAUAUGCGACUUCUCGUUGACUCCUUUUCUUUAUUACCUUGCAACCCCACUUUCAUACAAGCUCGUAACGGGUUCAUUCAAGCUGAUAUCAAUCGAUAUGGCGGUGCCAAUAAGUGUCUGUUGUGGAGGGCGUUUGCUAGUAGGGGUAUGGGUUGGAGUGCUGCGAAUUAUAACGAUGCUUUCGAUCUUCCCCAGGGUUGUUAA